AUGGCUAACGGUGUUACAACUGAAUGGGAUGACAUCCAAAGAAAGCUUGGUAAUUUUGAAUAGUUACCUGUAGUCCCCAAGCAAUCAGAAUUGAACUAGCAAGCUCAAGAAAAGCUUUUAGAAGUAGGUAAAUAGAUGAAAAGAGAUGGAGAUGAGGAUAAUCUAAGUGAUCUCUUAGAUGAGUUCGAAGAUGACGAUUUUAUGAAAGAAUAUCAAAGGAAGAGAAUGGAAGAAUUGUAAGAAGUAGCUAAGAAACCUCAUUUUGGAUCAGUUUACGAAAUUUCAAAAGAUCAGUAUGUAGAAUAAGUAACAAAUGCUCCUGCAGAGAGUUGGGUUGUUUUACAUUUAUACAAUGACUCAAAUGAGUACUGCCUUUUAGUUAACUAAUACUUUACAAGAUUAGCAGCUGAGUAUCCUCUGGUUAAAUUCAUUAAAAUCGUAGCAACAAAGUGUGUUGAAAAUUUCCCUGAAAGUAACUGUCCAUGUUUUAUUAUAUACAAAGCUGGAAAGAUGGUCUAAACCUUCCAUAGCAUAGAUAAAUUUUUGGGAAGAGUUACAAAAGAAACUAUUGAAAGAUUUUUACAUCAACACUCUAUUAUUUAUAAUGAAAAAUUUGUUCAAUAAGAUUAAGAAGUAGAAGAAUAUAGAGAUAUCCUUAACAACCCCUUUAAAAGAGGUAACGGUACAGGUUAUAUGGAUAAGAUCGAUGAUAGAGAAUAUAGUAAUAGCGAUAUAAAAAAGUUAAAGUUUUGA